CGCGAUGGGGAUUGGGUGCAGCAGUGACAGUGACAGCGAUAGGGAAGGUCCAAGCUUAGUCUUCGAAGAUCAAGAGGAUGACUUACUAGCAGACGACGACGAUGCGCCAGCGCCUCCGCCUGGUUUGCGCAAACACAAAAGGAAGACAAGCAGCAAGAACAAGAAGAGAAGGACUGGGGAGCCUGAAGUAGUUACGCCCGCAGUUGCAUCUGGGGAAGCGACAUCUGGGCGCCGGCGUCCAAUGGUUUCAUUUUCUUCGCGCUCUGCUUCGAGCUUAGCCUUGAGUGUAGGUGCGGGAGCGGAUGCAGGUGCCGCGGAAACAGAAGAAAAGCCGAAACGCCACCAGCGUCCUCGGGUUCAAAGUCGGACAAAGCAGGCCAGCACCCGAGACAAAGAAUCAGCUCCAGAUGUCGACGGCGACGCUGAUCUCGCAAAUGCUACGGAUGACGAGGAAGUUCAGGACGUGCGGGCAGCUGCUGACCCGCGAAAAGUUUUGGUGGGUAGCACAGAGCUUGACAUAGACAAAGUGUACGCUUAUGCGUAUGAGACUGCUGGCGUUACUGGAGAGGAGUGGCUGACUGACGAGCAAAAAGCUGAAGACGCGCACGCAAGGAGGGCACGGCUCCUUGAAAGGCGCAAAAUGGACGCCUUCAUCUACGGCGCGCAAAAACAUUACGCAAGCUUGCAGCUUCUGAGGCAGCGCAUCGGGAACCGCGAGGUAUGCCGCAGGCUAGAGCAGGUUGCGCCGAGCCGAGACCCGGCCAUCUGCAACGACCCGGGGCAAGCGGAAAACCGAGCCCCGGUGGUGGCGUUGCGGAUGAGCUCGGACGGCGUCAACAUCAAGGGCAGCAAGUACUCGACAGCUGAGUUCGACAUGUUCAUGAUGGACGCCGACAUGCGGGUUAUCCACCGGCCAAGCAUUGGGGCGCCGCUCCUCACGGAAGAGUCCACUGCGCUUACCAUUCUAGACACGGUCUACGAUCAAGCAGCUGAAACUGGCGUGCCGAUUCUUGGGAUGCCCAUCAUGUGUGAGGGUAAAGACGCGCACGGCAAUCCGUGCCAGAAGGAGCACGAGCUGAUAGUGCACCAAGUUUGGUGCUCAGAUAGCGGCUCUGAUGUGGUGAAGGGAGGCGGUCUUUUGGAGCAUCUGAGUGACGCUUACAAGUGGUACCAAAAAACGCAUGGGGCCGCAGCCGCUUCUGACUCGGGGGCAAGUGCUGCAAGCGUGAACAUGGCGCAGCAGGUUGCUCGUG